CCUGGCUGACUAAACGUGAGCUUCUGUUUUGUCGCGUGCUGCCCUCCUUGCAUGCGCGCAAGGCUGAGCGCUCCAAUCCGUCGUGAAAGGCGCUAUAUGCACUGUGGAUUGAACAACCGAAUGCCGUCACUCCGAGCAGCCAAGUCAGCCGGCCAUGGCGCUGUUGGGUCAGGCGCCCCCCGUCCCUCGCCCUGCCUCCUAAGGAGGUCCCCGCAGCAGCAGCAGCAGCAGCAGGAGGAGCAGCACACGCGGACACCUGUGGCAGGCGGGCGGGCGGUCUGGUCGGUGGCUCCCUCCGCUCCUGUCGUCUCGUGCCCUGCCGUCCGCCUCUGUCCUCUGAUCUGAGCCACAGUCGCAAGCGGCUCUGCCCUCGAGUGACAGACACAGGCGGCGUGCGACGGAGCGGGUGGUCGCAAGGAGCGCCCAAGCGCAGCCAGCUGCUGCCGCUCACCGUUUUCGCGACGGAGCCCUAAAUGGGCAGCGAGAUCCUCGGGAUGUCGGAUGCGGGGAAUUGAAGAGCGGGAGGCUGGAUGAGCGGCGGCUUCUCGUUUGUCUCCUCGAACUGAUCACGGACGGACGAUGGGAAUUGACCGACGGCAGAGAGCUUCUCUGGCUCUCACCUUGAACUUCAUCGCGCUCAUCUUCUCCAUCUCCGCCCUGAGCACCAGCUACUGGUGUGAGGGGACCCGGAAAGUGGUGAAGCCCUUCUGCAAGGGGCCGGUGAGCCUGAAACAGAGCUACUGCAUCCGCUUCAACAGCUCCGACGUGAACGACAGCCGCCUGGUGCAGUACAUCUGGGAGACGGGCGACGACAAGUUCCUCAUGAGGCGUUUCCACACCGGCAUCUGGUCCUCCUGCGAGGAGAACAUCAACGGAGUAGGUGAGACUUGCCGGAGCUUCCUCACCAUUGCACCUCCACAUGAACGAGGCGUCCUGUGGCUGUGCAUUGUGGCUGAGUGCCUGUACAUCCUCCUCCUUGUGACGGGUGGCAUCCUCAUGUCCAUCGAGAUCUGCCACUACACCAACGUGAUCGACGGCCUGAAACUGAACGCCUUCGCUGCCAUAUUCACCGUCUUGUCAGGUCUUCUAGGCAUGGUGGCCCAUAUGAUGUUCACUACUGCGUUCCAGCUGACGGUCAGCCUCGGUCCAGAAGACUGGAGACCACAAACGUGGGACUACGGCUGGUCUUACUGCCUCGCCUGGGGUUCAUUCACCUGUUGCAUGGCGUCCUCGGUGACAACGAUCAACCGCUACACCAAGACGAUCCUGGAGUUCAAACACAAGCGGAGGAACAUCGAGAAAAGUCUGAAAGUCAAGCAGAAACUCUUCAACUUGGACUCGCCGGAGCAGGUGUGGGAUAUGUACAUCAGCUCGGUGCCCAGCACGGCGGAGGAACUGCUGGACCUCUCGAGCAACGGCCGCAAAUUAUCCAACACCUCCGUCUUCUUGGACCUGAACGAGCUGCCGGAGCCUCAGGUGGAGGAGUACUGCUGACGCCGCCAUUCGCUGGGCUCGUCAGGAGAGGGCGCCCACCGUCUGGGCUGGAAUUUACGUCCCUGUUUGUCACCCGCCGGGUGAGCCGGCAAGUCGCCUGGGAGGUUCACUUUGGGUUUGUGGUGAUGCUGGUGAUGCUGGUGAUGGUGGUGGUGUAACUUUUUAGAAAUGCCUUGCUCUUUUUACGAAUGUACCGUGGGUGUAGCUGUCCAAGAAAUGCGUUUUGGUUUUUUUUGUUGGUUGGUUGGUUUCUUUUCUUUCUCGUAAAGCUUUCCAUCUCUGUAGACCACUGAGGUCGUGUGGGCACGAGAGGGGUCUCACGUUCUGCUCCCGCUAAGCGCCGCUCACCGUCUCCUUUUUCCAAACGUUGAAUCCUCCUCCUCCUCCUCCUCCUCCUCCUCCUCCUCCGGAUUCCCAUCCCAGUCUGACCCAGCAGAGUCCAAAAACUCCAACAGGAGGGAGAAAGGAUUCAAAAAAAAAAAAAACAAAUGAAAGGCAUUCCAGGGGUCCCGGCUGUGCCAGGACUGGCAGCGCCUUCUGCAGGUGGUGGGAUUGUAAGCAGCCCAAAUGGAUUAGGGGGUGGCAAAUUAGGGCCGGCGUUUCAUUUCCUCUCUUCUACUUCUACAUCAAAGCCGUAGACACGGGUGUCACCUAAUGAGGCCCCUGAAAGCGAGCGGGACCCUGCGGUUGAACCCGUGUCCUCUUCCCUCAGAGACAGCUGACAUGUGGAGUGAACGCCAGAAAAGACUUCUGCAAAUGGUGGGACUGUAAGCAGCCAAAUUAGAUUAGGGGGCCACCGUUUCAUUUUAAUGGACCUCUCGGGUGCUAAAAUGACUCGGACAUAAAUGACGUCCUCUUCGGGGUUGGGGACGGGCUUGGGACCCUUAGACCAAAGUUCAGUUCUGUAAGUGAGGCUCAAAUACAUCAAAUAGCUUCAGAAACAGAAAUACGGUGUCUGACUGCCAGAGGCGUAGCUUGGGUUAUCAGUGCCCGGGGACAACUGAAGAUUUAGCGCCCCCUUCUGUUUGCCAAAAUGCAAUGGGGAAGGGAAAUCUGGCGCCCCCCCCCCUUGGAUGCUGUGCCCAGGGACAGAUGUCCCCCCUUGCCCCCAACCCCCCCAAGCUAUGCCACUGUUGACUGCUACCAACAAAAAAAAGGCCUGAGGCCUAGAAAAAGGGAGAGGGGAAGCCACUGAAACCCCUGGCCCAAAGAAAACACUUGAAAAACAAUGAAAUUAUUAAUAAAGAAAAGAAAAUGAAAAUAACAGCAAAAUAAAACAAUGCAAAACUUCCCAAGCAAAACUGAAUUUUGGGAAAUCCGAAUCGAUAACCAAGAAGAGGUGAUAAUAAGUUGGUAAAAGUAAAGAAAGAGGGAAGUUCAAAAAUAAGUAAAGUAAAAAGAAUCAAUCAAAUAAAACUCAAAAAACCCAAAAGUACAAAAAGGGGGGCCGAACAACAAAAGCCAGUGGUCGCUACACUUGGAGGGUCCCAACACCAAAGCCAGCGUGUUACCCUUAGGGUGGCAUCACGAUGACAUCUGAUUGGGCUUGGCACCCUACUCAGGAAAAAAAAAAUAAUACAAAAAUUACUCAUUUUUUUUAUUGGGGUACCACGCUAGACCCCAAAUGACCCAGAGGGAGCCUAUUGGACACCCUGAGGAGAAAUAACAUUUAAACACAGCCCUUAUCAAUAAAGUUUAAGGAAGCCCCCCAGAUGAUACAAUCUCAGACUUGGGGGUGGGGUCCUCCUAAUAUUCUGUGCUUGGACUUAGUGGGACCCCACUGGCACCUUACUGACCACAGUAUCUUAUUACUAAGGUGCCCCCUUUAGACCCAGUGGCACCCAAUAUAUGUAAUUAUUAAACCCAGUAAGAUUCAGAUGGGGUGCUGCGAUGGCCCCCUCAUGGACUUUGAGGGAUCUCACUGGUACACUAUGGAGAAAGUCAGUUCUCAUCAAUAGGGUCCCAUGGUGCCCCCCACCCCCCCCCAACUAUUUAUGUUUGGCACUGAACUGACCAAGUAUUUUUUUCAGUAGGGUGACAUGACGGCCCCCUUAAUGACGUAGGUGUGGACCCUAUUGGCCCCCUUUUCUGUUAAGAUGCAAGGGACCCCCCAACCCCAACUCACUGUGUGUAAAUGUAUAGACGGAAGUGCAAAGGGGGGUCCCUCUCAGAUCUCGUCAGAGUUCCUCUCGUCUACUGCGCCGCUCUUUCACUUGCUUUCGCACUCACCACUGAAGGGCGCUAUAUACAUCAAAGCUGUAGAUGUGGGCGUCGCCUAAUGAGGCCCCUGAAAGCGAGCGGACCCCGCAGACGUCUUUCUCGAACCCGUGUCCUCUUCCCUCAGACUGCUUGUAAAGAGAGAGCUGACAAAGGGUCCAAAAGGGCACUAAAUUGGUGGGCUGGCAGGGCUCUCUGAGGUUCAGGUGUGUGUGUGUGUGUAAAUCGAUGUGUGCCCCCCGAGCUCUGUAAAUACCGGGGCAACACGCUCAUCUCUCAUCUUGGCCUUUUCUCUGAACAACAGAUUGUAUUUUCUUGUUUUUCUUUCUUUUUUUAAAGGCGUCACUUAUGUCACAGUCUGGUGUUUGCAUAAACCAAAUAAACGUUAUUUUCUCUGAAA